AUGACGACCACGCACAUCUCGGUGGCCGACGCCAGCAAUUAUGAUUUUGUCAUCGUGGGAGGAGGUACGGCAGGCUGCGUGAUCGCCUCCCGCCUGUCAGAGUACUUACCAAACAAGCGCGUCCUGCUCAUCGAGGCUGGCCCCUCCGAUUUCAUGGAUGACCGCGUGCUCUUGCUCAAGGACUGGCUGAACCUCUUGGGCGGCGAGUUGGACUACGACUACCCCACCACCGAGCAGCCACAUGGAAACUCAUACAUCAGACACUCCCGCGCCAAGGUUCUCGGCGGUUGCUCAAGCCACAACACCUUGAUCAGCUUCCGACCAUUCGAGUACGACUGCCAGCGAUGGGUUGCCCAAGGUUGCAAGGGUUGGGAAUUCAAGACCUUUACCCGACUGCUUGACAACCUGCGCAACACUGUCCAGCCCGUGCACGAGAGACACAGGAACCAGCUUUGCAAGGACUGGGUUGAAACCGGCUCCAAGGCACUCGGCGUUCCAGUUGUCCACGACUACAACAAGGAAAUCCGAUCCACGGGAGCUCUUCACCCAGGAAUUGGCUUCUUGUCCGUCUCUUACAACCCGGACGACGGCCGCAGGAGCAGUGCCAGUGUCGCUUAUAUCCACCCUAUCCUGCGAGGCGAGGAGAGGAGGCCGAACUUGACCAUCCUGACGAAUGCUUGGGUGAGUAAGAUCAAUCUUGCCGGCACUAAAGUCACAGGCGUGAACGUGACGCUGCAAGAUGGCACCAAGCACACCCUCACUGCCAAAGCGGAAACCAUCCUGUGUGCAGGUGCAGUAGACACCCCUCGCCUGUUGAUGCUCUCCGGUCUCGGCCCAAAGCAACACCUCGAGUCUCUCGGUAUCCAAGUCCACAAAGACCUGCCCGGUGUAGGCGAGAACUUGAUUGACCACCCCGAGAGCAUCAUCCUCUGGGAGCUGAACAAGCCCGUCCCCGCCAACCAGACUGUCAUGGACUCCGACGCCGCCCUCUUCCUCCGAAGAGAAGUCCCCAACGCAGCCGGCGGUGAUCGUGACAUUAUCGACAUCAUGGCCCACUGCUACCAAGUCCCAUUCGUGUAUAACACCGAACGUCUUGGCUACGACGUCCCCAAGGACGCCUUCUGCGUGACGCCCAACAUCCCACGUCCUCGUUCCAGGGGUAAGCUCUACCUCACCAGCGCGGACCCCAGCGUGAAGCCCGCCCUCGACUUUCGUUACUUCUCCGAUCCAGAGGGCUACGAUGCCGCCACCAUCGUUGCCGGUCUCAAGGCUGCUCGCGAAAUCGCCCAGCAGAAGCCCUUCUCCGACUGGAUCAAGCGUGAAAUCGCACCCGGCCCCAAGAUCCAAUCCGAUGAGGAUCUGAGCGAGUACGGCCGUCGUGUGGCGCAUACCGUCUACCACCCGGCCGGCACCACCAAGAUGGGUGAUGUCAAGACGAACCAUUUGGCCGUCGUCGACCCCGAGCUCAAGAUCCGCGGUCUGCAGAACGUCCGUAUUGCGGAUGCCGGUGUCUUUCCUGAGAUGCCGUCCGUCAACCCCAUGUUGACCGUCCUCGCCAUUGGUGAGCGCUGCGCUGAGAUGGUUGCUCAGACCUGGGGAUGGACCGGUCUCGAGAGAGCGAGGUUGUAA